AUGACUCAGGACGAGUACAAUACUCGAGCGCCGCAUGAGGGCAUGACGCCUGGUCAAUAUGCUGCUACGCGAUUCUCGUCGCUCAAACCUCCCAUGCACAAUGUGCCGAAUCCAAUAAAACUGUUGCGCAUGCUCAACUCACAGCAAUGGGCAUUCUUUUUUAUUGCUUUCGCAGCUUGGACGUGGGAUGCCUAUGAUUUCUUCUCAGUUAGUCUAACCGUUACAGAUCUCGCUGAAACCUUUGGCAAAACGAAAACCGACAUCACAUGGGGAAUCACCCUAGUCCUCAUGUUUCGAUCGAUCGGUUCCAUCGCCUUUGGUCUAGCAGCUGAUCGGUAUGGAAGAAAGUGGCCCUUUGUGAUCAACAACCUCCUUUUUAUCGUGCUUGAGCUUGGGACUGGAUUUUGUCAAACCUAUCAACAAUUCUUGGCUUGCAGGGCAUUGUUUGGAGUCGCCAUGGGAGGUCUCUAUGGUAACGUCGCUGCUACAGCUCUCGAAGACAUCCCGGAGGAAGCUAGAGGUUUAAUAUCAGGAAUGCUCCAACAAGGAUAUGCCUUUGGGUAUCUUCUGUGUACCGCUUUUGCACGAGGACUCGUCGAUACAACUUCUCACGGUUGGCGUCCUCUCUUUUGGUUCGGGGCUUGCCCACCUGUGUUGUUCAUCAUCUGGCGUCUCAUGCUCCCCGAGACACAAGCCUACCAAGAGCGCCAGCGUCUGAGGGAAGAAGUCAGUGCAGACGGAAAGGGAAAAGUAUUUAUCAAAGAGGGAAAGGUUGCCCUCAAGCAUCACUGGCUACUCCUUAUCUAUCUCGUCCUUCUCAUGGCUGGCUUCAACUUUAUGAGUCACGGUAGCCAAGACUUGUAUCCCACCAUGCUGGAGAACCAGCUCAGCUUCUCCAAAAACAAAGUCACCGUUACUCAAGUCGUAGCGAAUUUGGGAGCCAUGACUGGUGGUACUGUUGUUGGUUUCUUGAGUCAGUCAGUUGGUCGACGAAUUAGCAUCAUCGUUUGCUGUAUCGUAGGAGGCGCUCUCCUCUAUCCAUACACUUUCGUUCGCGACUCAUCCAUCAUUGCGGCUGCGUUCUUCCAACAAUUCUGUGUACAAGGAGCCUGGGGUGUGAUUCCCAUUCACUUGAUGGAAUUAUCUCCUGGUGCAUUCCGAACCUUUGUUGUUGGGACUUCCUACCAGCUGGGCAAUUUAGUCUCGUCAGCCUCGUCGACUAUUGAGGCCCGUAUCGGUGAACGUUUUCCUCUUCCUGACAAUGCUGAGGGUCAGAGUCGAUAUGAUUACGGAAAGGUCAUCUGCAUCUUCAUGGCCUGCGUGUAUGUGUACGUAAUUGUGCUGACUCUUGUCGGUCCUGAGAACUUGAGAGGCAAGUUUGAUGUUGCUCACGACGUGGAUGCGAGGGAGAUCAUGGGCAGCCGACCUAUGGAUGCAUACCAGUAUCGUAGAUCGGGAGAUGAAGAGAAGAACUUCAAGAGGGAUAGCACUGAGAAGCCUGAAGUUGCACAUGUCCGGGACUAG